AUGAGAAGCGACAUAGAAGACUAUGUCAAGAAAUGCAAAGCCUGCCAAGAAAAUAAAGCUCUCAGGAAAAUAAACAAAGCCCCCAUGGAAAUCACUACUACAUCCACUGCUCCCUUUCAACGCGUAGCUCUAGACAUCUUAGGACCUCUACCCGAAUCCGGAACCGCUAAACUCCGCUAUAUACUCACCUUACAAGACGACCUAACAAAGUACUCUGUAGCAUAUCCCAUACGUAGCACAACAGCCGAAGAAACCAGCGAUUGCCUCAUCCACUUCAUCUCCUUAUUUGGAAUACCCAAAUCAAUCCUAACAGACCAAGGGACAAAUUUCACCUCCGACCUCUUCAAAACCACAUGCCAAUUCCUAAAAAUCAAGUAA